UUCAGUUUAUUAACAAUGUUUUGCUAUAAAUCUAGUGUCAUUGGAUUCAAUGGUUAUCUUAGAAAGCUCACUAACCCUUUUGCUGUUUUUCUCUUGCAGAACUCAAAGAAUGCUCAGGGUCUGGUGGGCCUCAGGAAUCUAGGAAAUACUUGUUUCAUGAACUCCGUACUGCAAUGUCUAAGCAACACUCAUGACCUGAGGGACUACUGUCUGCGUAACUCGCACCGUACUGACCUUAACAACAACUGCAGGGUCAAAGCUGCUCUAAUGGAGGAGUUUGCUAAGCUCACUCAGACUCUUUGGACAUCUGCUAGCAGUGAGGCCAUCAGCCCUUCUGACUUCAAAAUGCAGAUCCAGAAAUACGCCCCUCGAUUCGUUGGUUACAAUCAGCAGGAUGCUCAGGAGUUCUUGCGGUUUCUCCUGGAUGGUCUCCAUAACGAAGUAAACAGAGUGAUAGUGAAACCCAGAACCAGCAUGGAGGACUUUGAUCACCUCUCGUACGUAGAUACACCAAGCAGGUUCUAAAAACCUUCCCAUCAUGUUUGUUGUUUCAAAAAUAGCAAUGUUUAUGGUUUCAAAAUUAGCAAUGGUUUAAAGCUAAGAUGUUUCAAAUUUAUGUAUAAGACCUUUAUAAGAAUUUAUAAGCCAACUUACAAGACUUCAUUUUUGACAAAUUCUAAGGCAGCAUCACGUGUAUCGUAAAAAUGUAACGUAGUUCAUCUGCAGCAGACCAUGAGCGGGCUAGCGAGCAGCUCAUUGGUUCGCUCAGGGGGACCCUUGUAAGUGGGAAUUAAUAAUGUACGUGAGCAUGAAAGGGCCAGCAAGCGGGCCGGGAUUGUGUAGUACAUAAGCACGAGGGAAGAACAAGCGGCACGCCGGUUGUAUGAGUUAGAUCACGCCGCGAGCUUGAGAGAUCUGCUCUGACUGGAAUUGGCUACGGGGCUGUCUGCGACAGCUGAGCGAGCUCCGGGAACCAAGUCUGACUCUCCCAACGCGGGCCUGUGAGGAGCACCAAGUGGCGUGUUUCCCUGAUCCUCUGUAAGACCUGUGGCAACAGGGAGACCGGAGGGAAUGCAUAAAGCGGGUGGCUGGGCCACUCCUGGGCUAGCUCGUCCUCGCUGUUUUAGAAAAAUAUUGGGCAGUGAGCAUUCUCCUCUGACGCGAAGAGAUUCACCUCUGCUCUGCCGAAUAUUUGCCACAGUUUCUGGACUGUUUGAACGUGCAGGGACCAUUCUCCCGGAUAGAUGGGGUUCCUGGACAGUCUGUCUGGGCCGUCGUUAAGAUGGCACGGCACAUGCGUCACUCUUAGCGAGAGCAGGUGGCUC